UUGCAGGAUACAAAAUUAUGGAUAAUAAUGGAAUAUCUGGGUGGAGGCUCUGCCCUUGAUCUAUUAGAACCUGGCUCACUUGAUGAAACCCAGAUUGCUACAAUAUUGAGGGAGAUACUCAAAGGACUCGAUUACUUGCAUUCAGAAAAGAAAAUCCACAGAGAUAUUAAAGCUGCUAAUGUAUUGCUAUCUGAACAAGGAGAAGUAAAACUAGCAGAUUUUGGAGUAGCAGGACAACUAACAGAUACACAGAUAAAGAGGAAUACCUUUGUGGGAACACCAUUUUGGAUGGCACCUGAAGUAAUAAAGCAAUCGGCAUAUGAUUCAAAG